AUGACCGAGCCCAUAGAUAGCCCCGACAAUACCCACCUUAAAGACAGCGAACGCUGGAUUGUUCGCAACGGUGUUGGGGUGCAGAUCAUGGAGACCCUUGCUGUUGGCGCAUUUUUAACCGCGCUGGCCGUGCAGCUUGGUGCGCCAAACUGGAUGAUUGGCGCACUCGCGGCCAUUCCACAUAUCGCCCAGGUUGCGCAGGUACCUGCGUUAUGGACUGUAGAACGGUUACGCAAACGGCGAAUGAUUUACCUGAUCAGCGGCAUGAUCGCGCGACCAAUGCUGUUGGUGAUUGCUGUGGCAGCAGUGGUAUAUACCGGCAUGCAGGCGUUAUGGCUGAUUCUGUUAGCCUUUGCCAUUCGCUAUGCGGCCGGCGCUUUUCUGAGCUGCUCCUGGAACAGCUGGAUGCGGGAUCUCGUGCCGGAUGCAGAAAUGGGUCGCCUGUUCAGCAACCGUCAGCAGAAAAUGAUCGGUGUGGGCAUCCUGUUCAGCCUCCUGGCAGCCGCCUUCAUUGACCUGUGGAAACAAUUUUCCGGUCUGCCCACAGAAUACGCUUAUGCAACGGUGUACACCCUGGCCUUUAUUGGUGGCAGCUACUCUGUCAUUUGCGCGCGGAAGAUCUUCGAACCUGUCAUGGAACCCUCCCACGCGCACAUAAUCAGCCACCUCAGGGCACCUUUCGCCAACCGUAAUUACCGGCGCCUGAUCAGCUUCCUGGCGAGCUGGAAUUUUGCCGUCAAUCUGGCUGCGCCCUUCUUUACGGUUUAUAUGCUCAAACGACUGGAAUACGAACUGACCUUGGUUAUUGCGUUUGCCACCCUCAGCCAGAUCGCUUCAUUCCUGACCGUCCGCUAUUGGGGCAGCAUUGCAGAUCAUUUCAGCAAUAAGGUUGUGCUGGCUACCUGUUGCCCGGUGUUCAUCCUGAGCAUCUUUGCCUGGACAUUCACCACCCUGCCCGAGCCGCACGGAUUCACGAUCCCGUUACUGAUUCUUAUUCAUAUCGCGACGGGCUUCGCCGUUGCCGGUGUGAAUCUGGCUUCUGGCAACAUCGCGCUCAAACUAGCGCCCAUUGGCGGGUCUACUGCCUACCUUGCCAGUAGUUCAAUGGUGAACGCGACGGCUGCCGGUAUUGCGGCGCUGUUAGGCGGAAUCGCCGUUGACCUGUUUUCUUCCUGGGAACUGGGCCUGACGAUUCAUUGGCAGAGCGAGGCGAAUAACCUGCAACUGGAGGCCAUGAACUUCAGCCAUUGGGAUUUCUUUUUCUUAUUUUCAACUCUGGUGGGCCUGUACUCUUUACACCGAUUGUCGUUAGUCGAGGAAAAAGGACAAGUCCAGGAACCACAGACACACAUAAUGACUGACUAUAAAAAUCGUGAAAUACACCUGACGUCUCGGCCGAAUGGUCUGCCGGUGCCUGAAAAUUUUGGCCUGAUAGAAACCAACGUAUCCAGCGACGACGGCGAUGUGCUGCUAAAAAAUAUUUACAUGUCCGUCGACCCCGCCAUGCGCCCGCCGCUGACCAAUGGACAGACAAAGCUGGACGAACCUAUGAUGGGCGGUGCUAUUGGCAAAGUUCUACACAGCAGCAACCCCGACCAUGCCGUUGGCAGCUAUGUUAUCCACCGUGCAGGUUUUCGCGAAUAUCAUGUCAGUGACAGCAGCGAUUUGCGGACCAUCACGCUGCAGGAUGAACCCCUCUCCACACACCUGCACGUGCUUGGCGGCACCGGUCUGACUGCCUAUGGCGGCUUGCUGGUUACAGGCGAGUUGAAAGACUCGGAAAAUGUAUUUGUAUCCGCAGCCGCAGGCGCUGUCGGCAGCGUGGUGUGUCAGAUCGCCAAAAUCAAAGGUUGCCGGGUAGCCGGCAGCUGCGGCUCCCAGGAGAAGGUCGACUACCUGCUCAACGAACUGGGUAUAGACUAUGCCUUCAACUACAAAACCCAGGAUAUCCGUAAGUCUUUACGCGAAGGUUUACCGAAUGGCAUUGACGUCUAUUUCGAAAACGUCGGCGGUGAACACCUCGACGCGGCGUGCGGCCAGAUGCGCCCGUUAGGUCGCAUCCCGGUGUGUGGCAUGAUCUCGGCCUACAAUAACAAAGGUGCGCGUUCAGAGGGCGUCACCACGCUCUCAAAUAUGAUUUAUAACCGCGUCACGAUGAAAGGUUUUGUGGUCUACGAAUUCGAACAUCUGCGCGAGCAAUUCCUGACAGAUAUGCGCAAAUGGAUAGCUGCCGGGCAAAUGAAAUACAGCGAAACGAUCAUGCAGGGUAUCGAACAGGCACCGGCGGCAUUGAUCGGCUUACUCAAGGGUGAAAACACCGGCAAGAUGCUGGUUCAACUAUCAGAGGAUCUCUGA